AUUCAUAUGGUUCACAUCCUCUUAUUAGGCUCGCUUGAGUCUUUACCUGCUAGUUUACCUUCAUCUUAAUUAUAAUAUAUAGUGAAAUGGAUUCCUCAUCUUCUAGUGAUCCUCAUCCAGAAGUCCCCGAGUUUGCCGUGAUGGUUCUGGAUGGGAGCCGGCAUCCAUCGCUGAAUGCUACGGCAGGCUCUGGGGUUAUCUAUCGCAGCGGUGCCGACCGUCAGCUGAAUGCAGUGAACUCCUCUCGUCACAACUAUAAAGAAUUAUAUAGCCCAUGUUUUGCGCCGGCAAACGAGUUGAUCUUGACUGCAAACAAAUACUUAAAGAAGCGGGAUCAGCCAUUAUUGAAGCUAGGCGAAUUGAACAAUUGGAUAGAUGUCGAAAACUCAAUGGUAUCAGCGUGCAAUACGCUGGAUACUCUGUCAAGUAAAGAUCACGAUACGAGCGGAUUUACGGGCAAAAUCAAGUGGGCUUUCCGUACCUUAUGUCAGAAGGCAGAGAUUGGAUCGACCUUCGUAUCGAUGGUGCCAAACGAAGUACCAUGCAGCUCGGUGCUUUGCGGAGGACUAAAAGCUGUAUUCACGGCCUUAGAGCGAUCGCAUAACUAUCGCGAGGACGUUUACAAGGCUAUAGAGGAUAUCCCAUAUAUCAUCAACGACCACGCGGUGUAUAUUGACAUACACGCGGAAGACGAGGAGUUACACAGGCGGAGUGCGGCUUUAUACGUAUCUCUUUUCAACCUGAUGCAACACAUCCUCCUAUGGUUUAUUAAGAACCCCGUUGUCACUGGGAUAAAGUUUCUCCUUACCCCUCAAGGCUUCGCGGAAGGUCUUAAAGACCGAAUGACUGAUAUCAAGAGGACUGCUGCGCGGUUUGAGAAGCACGCGCUGUUUCUCAGAAACAUUCGUCAUGACGAGUCGAUGAAAUUGCAACACUGGAUGGCACACAAACUCGGUAAAACUAGCGAGGACAUGGCCCUGAUACGGGAUCGCAGCGAAGUCCUCGAGAACUUGUGCCAACUCCUACAAGAACUACAUCCCGGAAUUAUGGGAAAAGGUGCACGAAGACAACAUAAAUUAGAGAUGGCGUCUCGUGAAGACGUACCUAGCACUAAGGAAGCUCGCAAUGACUUGCUUGAAAAAUUGGCCUUCGACGAGCAUCUUCUUAUAAACGACUACAAAAACCUUCUUAGUAUCCGUAAGGGUUCGGGUGGCGGGUUGGACGCGGAGCGGAUCUUAACAAUGCAGAACCACCCUCAACUGCAGGCGUGGAUGUCACUAAACAGAUCGUCGGUGUUGCUUGUAGAUGGCGGUUGCGCCGUCUCGGGUGAUUGUGAGAUAUCAUACGUCUCCGCUCAGAUCUUGGAAUCUAUACUGCAGCUUUCUAGGCAAGCUGAUCAUGGCAACAACACUUCCAACGUGUUCGUCCUACCUCUAGCUUUCUUCUGCAGCCAGCACCGAAACAGACGGCGGGAUAUGUUUGGCAGGCCGAAAGGGCUUAUCACGGCGCUAUUGUCGCAACUGAUAGACCAAUUCCACGGGUUCGGUGCCAAACAACUUCAAGCCAGUCAAAACGACCUAGCCAACGACGACAUCGAAGGCGUCUGCAAGGCAUUUAGGAGGUUGGUGAAAAAGCUACCGGCCACUUCCAUCGUUGUGCUCGUGCUCGAGGGCAUCGACGUUCUCAUGGAAGAGAAAACGAGGAGUGCGCUGAGAUACAUCUUACACUCACUACUAGAAACCCACAGCGGGAAACAUGCAGCGACUUUGAAGUUCCUUUUCACAUGCACGACCUCAUCCGAACCCGUGGUCGAUCUCUUCGAGGAAUGGGAUGUUCUUCGUAUCCCACAAGUACUCCAAACUCGAGGAUCGUACCGUAACUUCAUGUGGAAGGAUUCUGGAAAACUGGACGCUCUCGCAUCUUCUGAAUGAGUUAUUUCUCAUUUGGACCUCUGAAUUAAAAAUUCUUUAGAGUUACGAAAGUUGUGCAAAGCUGAAAGGAAGUGAAACCCAUCCCGAGACAGAAAAAAGGAAAAGUACGCCACAACCCAACCCCCCUUUUCUAUAUUUCCUAAUCGGGUAUAAGUGAUGCCAUUUGGCGGGAUGAUUC